AUAUAUAUAUAUAUUAUAUAUAUAUAUUCCGACGGAAUAUAUAAUAUAUAUUAUUUUAACCAUAAACUAACUUUUAAACUAACUUUUAAACCAUAAACUAUUGUAUUAUAAAUGUUCUGCGCGCAAACUUUUUAUGUAAAUCUAUAAUGAGAUGGUUUGAACUUAUGUCUAAGGAUCUUUUUAAUAUGAAGAAAAUUGUCUAACUACGCAUAUUAUCACAAUAAAAACUACUCCAGCUGUUUGGUUUUAUUACUCCACUUGGUUUUACUAUUUUCAUUUAUUCAAAUCAUUCCAAAAUCAAGAUACCUUGACCAUUGCACUUUAUAUAAAUUGUAAUUCAUGACGACAAAAUAUUUAAGUCACAGUGGCCAUAAUGAAAUGCGUAACGUUCAUAGAAAACGUUUAGCUUCAAAGUGCUCUUUACUCGAAUAAUUAAUGUUUCCUGACAACCUGUAAUACAGAAUUAUAAUACCGGAUCUAGUAAACAUAGUGUUCUAUAUUUUUCGCGUAUUUACCAGAGGUAUUCAUUAAGUCUGAAUGGACGCUACAGAAAAACUUUAUUGCUACAUUUAUAUUUGCUUAGUUGCUAAAUUAUUUCACAAAUAGUUUAAAUAGAAAUUCUGUCUCUGUCAUCUAUAUUGAUUAAAUACAAAACAUAUAUGACAUCGCAAUGUUUGCUAGUUACUUAUCGAUACAUAUAAUAUUGAGAACUAGUAAAUACUGGAUGUAUCCUUAUAGAAAUAUCAUACUAAGAAUCAUUGACAAUUACUUAUUAUCCAGUAUUUUUAAUACUAAAAAUAAGUAAUUAUCAAUGAUUCUUAGUAUGAUAUUUCUAUAAGGAUAGUGUAUUUAAUAUGUCACUUAUCACUCAAUACGCAUUUAAUAUUAUCUGAGAAAACAGUUGUUUUUCUUUCCUCUUCACUUUUUUAUUUUAUUAAAAUUAUACGUUUUAUAUGACGUCAUUUAGAAUCCAUUUGCUUGGUUAAAGUUAUUUACUGUUCUUCUUUCUAAAAGGUAUCUUAAUAGAUCAAUAUCGGCACGUAUGCAAUGAUUGUAAAACAGAAUGUAGCUUUACGUCAAAGAGAACAAUGAAUAUUGUGUUUGGAUAGAUAAAUAAUGGAUUGAUGAAUAAGUAUAAGAUGUAAAUUGGUGGGAAAACAUACGUACUGUACAAUAAUACGUAUGACAGUAGUAUAUGAAAUUGCUAGCUAACACAAAUAGAAAAUAGGCGCUGCUACUUUACGGACGAAAUCUUUCCGUAUUCUGCAGAUAAAUUAAUUAAUCACAAAAUCAAAGAAAUAUACGAAUAACCACCUUCCUGUGAAACAUGUGGAGUACUAAUAAGAACGUUCCCAACAAAAUUGACGACUAUUUGGAAAACUCCAGUGACGACAAACAUCUAAAGAAACCGCAAUGUAUAUACGAUGGUAUUGAAUUUUAUAAACCUGUCAAUUAUAACACGUACAAAAACAGCGCGAAUAGGCACAGAGUGUAGUAAAAUAUUUUCCAAACCUGCCAAAGAAUUUGCAGAAUCUUAUUCAAGCUGGAUUUCACCUAAUAGAGUAUGACCGGUCUCAAAAUGAAUUACCCGAAUGGUUGGAUAUAAAUAAGUAUCAGAAAGGAAAAAAGUUUAUGCACGAGCAUUACUUUUCGAUUCUUCUAAGCAUCUCGUUCGGCAAUAUCUAUAGCUGUACUUUCGACGAUGGCUUGAAACCAAUUAUUAUAGGAGGAAACGAUCAUACGCCGUAUUUAGCAUUCAAAAGGUAUAUGAAUACUAUAAAACGGAUGCUCGCCUGGUACAAUAGAGAGCCUUGGGUUAAAGAUUCUGAGUCUUACAGUGAUAUGCAAAUUAUUCGUAAAAAGCAUAAGAUGAUAGGCGAAAAGAUUUCUCAGAUAAAUAGUAAACAAUAUUACUCCGCGUCGAAGUUCGCGGAUCCAUGGUGUCCGGAGUACGAAUUGCUUCUAAAAGAUUUCGCUCUCACGUGUCUAUCUGGGGAACUCAAACAACGUCCUUACAAAAUUUACGACAAAUCAUUUAAAUCGAUAACCAUGAAUAACAUGGCGAUAGCACUUGGACAGGCCAACUUCAUAGUUUUGCCUAUAUUAUAUCCGCAGAAUAUUGGAAUAUAUAAUGUGACUGAUGAGGAUAAUAUGAUAUUUUUCUGUGUAUUUGUAGUACUUUAUGUCAUGAAGCCGUCGUUCGUAAGGAUGUUUAUUAAUAAAAUAAUGAAGAGUCUGAUGAUUCAAAUGAUGAACUUAAGCCCAGAGAAGAAAGUAAAAUUUCACGAAAAAUCGAAAAAGCAAAUAGACGAUUUCUCCAUUACCAAUGGCAAUUGUUAAUAACAUGUCAUUUAUAUAUUAUCCGUAAUAAUAUACUAACAGUGGUUUUGAAAUGUUUUUCGUAAUACACAGGAAAUAAAACUGCUACCACUAAUUAUAUGAUGCUAUUUGUUGUUAAAAGAAUUUCUUGUCGAAAUUUUCUAAAUUAUUUUCUUACAAUAUUUAAUGAAAUUGAAGCUGUUAAGUAAAACUCAGUUGACAUUGUCGUUUGACUGAACUAGAUUUUAGUUAGUAAUUCCAUGAAGUUAAUAAUUUUAUUAAAUAAAAGAAUUAUUAAAUGAGAAAAUUAUCUAGUACUUUUUGAAUUUCAAUUAAAAAUGUUAUAUAAUUAAAAUCCGCGAUUUUAUAUUGUAUAUAUUGUAUUCAUUAUAGUAAUAUUGAGGGUAUUUGGAUAUAUUGAACAAUUAAAUUAUAUUUUACUAUAAAUGUUUUGAUUAAUUCGGAGUUGAGUUUUCUUUAACGAAGAUAACACGUUGAUGAUUUCUAAAUUACUAAUUGUAAAAGAGCAACUUACUUCGACAUAUUAAGUACAAUGCAAUACAUAUCAAUGUAGUGUUAUAUUUCCGAUACACAAAUUAUU